GUCCCCCCUCCUCCUCCUCCUCCUCCUCCUCCUCCUUUUAUCAUUUCUUUAUUUUUGGGGGGUCUUUUUCCCUCCCCCCUGUUGGUUGGACCCCCCCCUCCUCUCUUCCCAUUCACCUCUAGGGAUAACACAGGACUACAUUUAUGGUAAAUGAUAGCAAAAACAUGUACAUCCCGGAGGACACCCUUGAGAACCAUCAAGGCUCCGAUUACUCUCCCCCUACGCUUCCUCGCCCUCCUCAUCCGGGCCUGACAAACGAGCACAGUGGUGUCGGCAGCCAUGGCGAUCGAAGUGGAGGAGGGGGCGGGGCCAACCACGGAGUGGGUGUGGUUGGCCUCGCACCUGAACACAUCCCCACGCCGGGGGCGGCCCUGAGCUGGCAGGCGGCCAUCGACGCUGCGCGGCAAGCGAAGAUGAUGGGCAACGCCGCGUCAGGUGGGGGAGCGGGACUCGGGUCGGGAGGGGGCGGGCCCAUCUCUACGGCCAGUUCCACACAAAGGAAGAGACAACACUAUAGCGCCAAACCCAAGAAACAGACCACGACGACAGCCACGAGGCCGCCGCGGGCUCUGCUCUGUCUCACACUCAAGAACCCGAUCCGCAGGGCCUGCAUCAGCAUCGUGGAGUGGAAACCAUUUGAGAUCAUCAUCCUGAUGACCAUCUUUGCUAACUGUGUGGCCUUAGCCGUCUACAUCCCUUUUCCCGAGGAUGACUCAAAUGCCACCAACUCCAACCUGGAGCGUGUGGAGUAUCUGUUCCUCAUCAUUUUUACAGUGGAGGCGUUCCUGAAGGUUAUAGCCUACGGCCUGCUCUUCCACCCCAACGCCUACCUGAGGAAUGGCUGGAAUCUGCUCGACUUUAUCAUUGUAGUUGUAGGGUUAUUCAGUGCAAUUCUGGAGCAGGCCACAAAGGGGGACGGGGCCACUCCUAUCGGAGGGAAAGCAGCAGGUUUCGAUGUCAAGGCUCUGAGAGCUUUCCGAGUACUCAGACCUCUAAGACUGGUCUCCGGAGUACCGAGUUUACAGGUAGUGUUGAACUCUAUAAUCAAAGCCAUGGUCCCGCUGCUCCACAUUGCCCUGUUGGUCCUCUUUGUCAUCAUCAUCUACGCCAUAAUUGGCCUGGAGCUCUUCAUGGGCAAGAUGCACAAGACCUGCGUUCACAACCACACAGGCUUGAAUGCAGAGGAAAAGCCGGCACCGUGCGCGCCGGAUGGUGCCUACGGCCGCCACUGCACGCAGAACGGAACCCAGUGCCGAGUGGGAUGGGAGGGUCCAAACGAUGGCAUCACCAACUUUGACAACUUUGCCUUCGCCAUGUUAACGGUGUUUCAGUGCAUAACCAUGGAAGGCUGGACGGACGUGUUGUACUGGAUGCAGGAUGCUAUGGGCUAUGAGCUGCCAUGGGUCUAUUUUGUCUCUCUCGUCAUCUUCGGCUCUUUUUUCGUUCUCAAUCUCGUUCUGGGGGUGUUGAGCGGAGAGUUUUCUAAAGAAAGAGAGAAGGCCAAAGCGCGUGGCGACUUCCAGAAACUCAGAGAAAAGCAGCAACUAGAGGAAGACCUAAAGGGCUAUUUAGACUGGAUCACUCAGGCUGAAGACAUUGACCCAGAGAACGAAGAGGAAGGUUUAGAUGACGACAAACCGAGAAACCUGAGCAUGCCAGCCAGUGAGAAUGAGUCGGUCAACACAGACAACCCCCCAGGGGGAGACGUGGAGGGGGAGACCUGCUGCACCCGACUGGCAAUUAGGAUCUCCAAAUCCAAGUUCAGUCGUUACUCCCGAAGAUGGAACAGGCUGUUCAGGAGGAAGUGCCGCGCCGCCGUCAAAUCCCAGGUUUUUUAUUGGCUGGUCAUCUUCCUGGUUUUCCUCAACACUCUGACCAUCGCCUCUGAACAUCACCGGCAGCCUCAAUGGCUGACAGACGUACAAGACAUAGCCAAUAAAGUAUUACUAGCACUUUUCACUGGUGAGAUGCUGUUAAAGAUGUACAGUCUUGGUCUCCAGGCCUACUUUGUUUCCCUCUUCAAUCGGUUUGACAGCUUCGUAGUGUGCGGAGGAAUCCUGGAAACGAUCCUAGUAGAAACGAAGAUCAUGUCUCCUCUCGGCAUCUCUGUGUUACGAUGCGUACGCCUGCUCAGAAUCUUCAAGAUAACCAGAUAUUGGAACUCGCUGUCCAACCUGGUGGCUUCCCUCCUCAACUCCGUUCGAUCCAUCGCCUCCCUGCUGCUCCUGCUCUUCCUCUUCAUCAUUAUUUUCUCCCUGCUGGGCAUGCAGCUCUUUGGGGGAAAGUUCAACUUUGACGAGACACGGCGCAGCACCUUUGACAACUUUCCUCAGUCCUUGCUCACCGUGUUUCAGAUUCUCACAGGAGAAGACUGGAACUCUGUGAUGUAUGAUGGCAUUAUGGCGUACGGCGGUCCGUCCUUUCCGGGCAUGCUGGUCUGCAUCUAUUUCAUCAUUCUCUUCAUCUGCGGAAACUAUAUCCUCCUGAAUGUCUUCUUGGCCAUCGCUGUGGACAAUCUGGCAGAUGCAGAGAGUCUGACCUCGGCCCAGAAGGAGGAGGAGGAGGCAAAGGAGAGGAAGAAACUGGCCAGGCUUGCUAGUCCUGAGAAACAUCAAGAGAAUGAAAAACCACCUUUAGAGGAAAAGAAGAGUGAAAAGAUAGAGCUGAAGUCAAUUACCUCCGACGGGGAAACCAACACGGCUACAAAGAUCAACAUGGACGACUGCUGCGGAGAUGAGAGCGAGGAAAAGAACCCGUAUCCUGCAAAUGAUUACAUAGGAGAUGAUGAUGAGGAAGAACCAGAAAUGCCAGUGGGCCCAAGGCCGCGUCCGCUCUCUGACAUCCACCUAAAGGAGAAGGCCGUUCCCAUGCCUGAGGCCCGCGCAUUCUUCGUCUUCAGCCACACCAACAAAUUCAGGGUUCUGUGCCAUAAGAUCGUCAACCACAACAUCUUCACCAACCUCAUCCUCUUCUUCAUCCUGCUCAGCAGCAUCAGCCUCGCAGCGGAGGACCCGGUCAAGAACGACUCAUUCAGAAACCAGAUUCUGGGGUAUGCAGACCACGUCUUCACUGGACUCUUCACGAUAGAAAUCAUUCUUAAGAUGACAGCCUAUGGAGCCUUCCUUCACAAAGGCUCAUUCUGUAGAAACUAUUUCAACAUCCUGGACUUAGUAGUGGUCAGUGUGUCCCUCAUCUCCUCUGGAAUACAGUCCAGUGCAAUUAAUGUUGUAAAGAUCUUGAGAGUCCUGCGAGUGCUCAGACCACUGAGGGCCAUCAACAGAGCCAAAGGACUGAAGCAUGUGGUGCAGUGCGUGUUUGUGGCUAUCAGGACCAUUGGCAACAUUGUUAUCGUCACCACGUUGCUGCAGUUCAUGUUCGCUUGUAUUGGAGUGCAGCUCUUCAAGGGCAAGUUUUUCUACUGCACUGACAGCUCUAAGCAGACUCAGGCAGAGUGCAGGGGUUCCUACAUCAUGUAUAAAGAUGGAGACGUGGGAAAGCCAGAAAGAUCCCCAAGAGUUUGGGAGAACAGUGACUUCAACUUUGACGAUGUCCUACAAGGAAUGAUGGCUUUGUUUGCGGUGUCUACUUUUGAGGGCUGGCCUGGGUUACUGUACCGGGCCAUAGACUCUCAUGCUGAGGAUGUGGGGCCUAUCUACAACUACCGUGUGGUCAUUUCCAUCUUCUUCAUCAUUUACAUCAUCAUCAUUGCUUUUUUCAUGAUGAACAUCUUCGUCGGUUUCGUCAUCGUCACGUUCCAGGAGCAGGGGGAGCAAGAGUAUAAGAACUGUGAGCUGGACAAGAACCAGCGUCAGUGCGUGGAAUAUGCCCUCAAGGCUCGUCCUCUGCGCCGCUACAUCCCCAAGAACCCGUACCAGUACAAGGUGUGGUAUGUGGUCAACUCCACCUACUUUGAGUACCUGAUGUUCACACUCAUCCUUCUCAACACCAUCUGUCUGGCCAUGCAGCAUCAUGGCCAGACCAAAAAUUUCAACGACGCAAUGAACAUCCUCAACAUGCUCUUCACUGGGCUGUUCACUGUAGAAAUGAUCCUUAAACUCAUCGCCUUCAAACCCAGGGGGUACUUUAGUGAUCCCUGGAAUGUGUUUGAUUUCCUCAUCGUAAUUGGCAGCAUAAUAGACGUCAUUCUCAGUGAAAUCAACCCAGCUGACUCCUCCUCGUCCUCGUCCUCUUCGUCCUCCUCUUCCUCCUCUUCCACCUCUCACCCCCCUGUGGUAAGGCCAAUGGUACGCCCUGACGGUAACCUCGCCCGCCUCCCUACCUCCUCCACCAUCCCUCCAUCCCUCCAUCAUUCCAUCCCUCCUACUGCUAUGCCGUCCAUGGGACUGCAGAACUCAGAAGAGAACGCCAGGAUCUCCAUCACCUUCUUCCGACUGUUCCGCGUGAUGAGGCUGGUGAAGCUGCUUUCUCGCGGGGAAGGGAUUCGGACCCUGCUGUGGACCUUCAUCAAAUCUUUCCAAGCCCUGCCCUACGUAGCUCUGCUUAUAGUGAUGCUCUUCUUCAUAUACGCGGUCAUUGGCAUGCAGAUGUUUGGUAAAAUAGCCUUGCGGGAUCUCACACAAAUCAACAGGAACAACAACUUCCAGACAUUCCCUCAAGCAGUGCUGCUGCUCUUCAGAUGUGCGACAGGCGAGGCAUGGCAGGAGAUCAUGCUGGCAUGUUCACCCAACCGACCCUGUGAGAAAGGGUCGACCAACGAAAACAGCACCGCCAGUGAGGACUGCGGCAGCCAGUUUGCCAUCAUUUACUUUGUCAGCUUCUACAUGCUCUGUGCCUUUUUGAUCAUCAAUCUGUUCGUGGCUGUAAUUAUGGACAACUUUGACUACCUGACACGGGACUGGUCGAUCCUUGGACCACACCAUCUUGAUGAAUUCAAAAGAAUUUGGGCGGAAUACGACCCAGAAGCUAAGGGUAGAAUAAAACAUCUCGAUGUGGUCACUUUGCUCCGGAGAAUUCAGCCUCCCCUGGGAUUUGGAAAGCUAUGCCCACACAGGGUGGCCUGCAAGCGUUUGGUGUCAAUGAACAUGCCUCUAAACAGUGAUGGAACGGUGAUGUUCAACGCCACGCUGUUUGCUUUGGUCAGAACUGCCCUCAGGAUCAAGACUGAAGGAAACUUGGAGCAAGCUAACGAAGAACUGAGGGCGAUUGUAAAAAAGAUCUGGAAAAGAACGAGCAUGAAACUACUGGAUCAAGUAGUGCCCCCUGCUGGUGAUGAUGAGGUUACAGUCGGGAAGUUCUACGCCACUUUCCUCAUCCAAGAGUAUUUCCGCAAGUUUAAGAAGAGGAAAGAACAAGGGCUGGUGGGCAAAGUGCCCCCGAAAACUGCGCUCUCUCUGCAGGCGGGCCUGCGGACGUUGCAUGACAUUGGUCCAGAGAUUAGGAGAGCCAUCUCGGGAGACCUGAAUGUGGAGGAGGAGAUGGACAAAGGCAUGAAAGAACCGGUGUCAGCAGCUUCUGAGGAUGAUAUCUUCAGGGUAAAGCGAUCUGGAGGUUUGUUUGGCAACCAUGUCAACUACUACAACCAGAGCGAUGGCCGCGGCUCCUUCCCACAGUCCUUCACCACCCAGCGUCCCUUGCAUAUCAGCCAGAAAGGCUCCCCUUGCGAAGGCGAGAGCCCGUCCCACGAGAAGCUUAUGGACUCAACCACCUUCACCCCUUCCUCCUAUUCAUCAUCAGGCUCCAACGCCAACAUCAACAAUGCCAACAACACCGGCAUGGCAGGGGUACCCCCCCAGGGUGUCAGUCGAUUCCCGAGCCCUUCUAUAAGCACUGUAGACGGGCACACGGGGCAGCCGCUGACACCCAUCCUGCUGCCAAGAUCUGCAUGGUGCUUCCCUCCGAAAAGGAUGUUUUAUGACACCCUCAUGCGCUCCGACUCCAGUGACAGUCACCUGCCAAUCAUCCGGAGAGGGGAGGGGUCAACAGAGGAGACGUAUGAUGAGAGCUAUGGUGACGACAGAGAGUACCACGAAGAUGAUCACUCGCUUUCGUCUGACAUGUUGGUGUAUCAUGAUGACACAUGCAGGCAGCUAACUCCCAUGGAGGAAGCAGAAGAAGUAGAGGGAAGAAGAGGAAGUGGAGGGUGGCAGUCUCCACGAAGAGUCUUCCUCUGCCCAACCUCUCUAGGACGGAGAUCGUCCUUCCACCUGGAGUGUCUCCGGAGACAACCAAGGCCAGACGUCUCUCAGAAGACGUCUGCACCUUUACAUCUUGUACAUCACCAGGCUUUAGCAGUGGCAGGGUUGAGUCCUCAGCUGAGAAGGAGUCACUCACCCACCCUGUUCAGCCGGCUGUGCUCCACGCCUCCAGCCAGUCCUGCAGGCCGCUGCAGUGACACCUCCUACCAGGGAGUUCCCUCCUUGAGGCUAGAGGGCUCCAACUCUCAUGAAAAGCUCAAUACCAGCUUGCCUUCUGUCAGCUGUGGGCCCUGGUACAGCGACAGUAACGGGAACAGCCGGGUUCCCAGCCCCAGCCCCAGCGUGUCAGCGUCCAGUCAAAGAGCUCCACGGCCAGUGUCGCUCACGGUACCCUCGCUUUUGGGGAAGGACUCCAGUUCGCUGUCUCAUGGCAGCGCGGGCAGUCUGGUGGAAGCGGUCCUGAUAUCAGAAGGUUUGGGUCAUUUCGCCCAGGAUCCUUCGUUCAUUGAGGCAACCAAAGCCGAGUUGGCUGACGCCUGCGACAUGACGAUAGAGGAAAUGGAGCAGGCUGCCAACAACAUUCUCAAUGGCAAGACUGCCACAAACCCCUCACCCAGCACCUCUUCCACCUCUCAGCACAGCCCAAACGGCAGCCUUCAUCCCUUCCACACAACAGCAGCAGCAACACACAGGGACCAAGUGGCUGGCUUGACCUCGAGCGAAGGCGGGGCAGAGGCAGCAGGAAACAGAGUGUCCAUACAUGGACCGUCCUCUUUAGAGGAGCGGCAGGAGUUGCUAGCCACGGAAAGGGGGCAAGAAGAGGAGGAGGAAGAGGUGGCACUGAGGGAAAAGCACCAUAGAAAUUCCACUGUCGUCGCAGGAGCGCGACAGAGGGACAGCGGGCUUUUGGAAGACGAGGAUAUGGAAUGUGUAACGAGCUUGUAGGGCUUGAGAGAGCCCAUCGGGCAAAUGGCCCCUCUGACAUCAUCAGAGAGCGACGGCGCCAGGGCUGUUCGGCAGCAGUGCUGCAGCUGGUUGUGUUUGUCCCUGCGCACUCACACACUGUCGCUCUGGACAAAGGCGACCAGUAAUGCAACCUUGAACACUUGUCGGUUUCUGAGCUAGUAUGUAUGUGAAUAUUUGUAGUAAAUUAUAUGAGACUAUAUAUUAUCUGAGCGUAUGGGAGUGUGUGACUUUCUCUAUGUGUGUUUGUGUGUGUGUGUGUGUGUUCUCCACACGUGUCUGAGUGUGGCUCUGAAGUGCCUCACAGUUUUAUCAUGUCCUCAAAGUAUGAAGAGCAGAAAAGUAGGGAGAAAGAAAAAACAAGACAGAAGACAUCAACAGCAGGAAGUCCUGCGAAAUGACCCAGUAUGUUAAUGUGUCCAUGUCCUAUGCCUACUGUGGUGGUGUGUCACUGUUGUUUGUCUGGCCGCCUUGACGCCAGCUGGGGGACAGCAGACCAGCGUGUGGAGGGAUCAAUCAAGGAUCACAAUCCGACCACGCCCGCUCUGGGCAAAGGUCCUCGUUCUCUGCUAACCGACAACGAAGCGCUGUAUCGAGUAAAACGGGGGCUGGGAACCCUCUGUUUGUAGUCUCAUUUUCUCCUCCUCUUCCAAAGCUACGGAACCUUGGAGCAUAGCCCUGCCAACCUCGGAGGUGUGCGUCGCCCCAGUCAACACGGGGGGGGGAGUAUUUGAGGGAUGGUCCCACAGGGCUGCUAGAAGGGGCUACAAGAAGAGACUCUGCUCUAAAGGAAUGGUGUGCUGGCUCCUGUUUUUGCGAGCAAGAGAGAGAAACUCUGUUACCUUCAUCUGGCCUCAAACCCUCCACCGCGUUUCCUCGUUUGGUCCCACCUUCUCGCUGCCCCAAACAGGAAAUGAGAGGAGCAUUUGGUGGAAACAGUGAGCCCCCUUCUCUGCCUGAUACCUCAUCGUCCCUCACUACCUUUCCUCCAUACUUUUAUUUUUUUGCUAUUUUCCCAUUUCUGUAGAUUUUUGCUUUCUCCGCCCUCUGGGAGGCGUGUCUUUGUCAAGCAGGAUGGUGGGGGUGGAAGAAAAGGAGGGAAGUGACUGAAAAAAAAUAAAAACUCCAGGCAAGGAGGAGGAGGAGUCUAUACUGGAUCUGCCAUCAAUCAAUUGUACUUCCUGCUCCAAGCCCCGCCUCUUCCUCUCAGUUAGGAAUUUGCUGCCACACACUCCAUGUGCAGACCACGCCCACUAUGUAUUUAACCUUUUUUUUAAUUAUUGUGCAAAACUAAUUCUUUUGUUUUAUACUCAUGACAUCAAUGUUUUAAUUUAUCCUCGUUUGCAAAAUUUGGGGUGCUGGUCUUAUACAUGUAUUUUUGCUCGGUUUAUUUUUUAGGAGAAUUUUAAGAGGUUUAACGUACAGAAGCAGGGCGUAGUGUCUGCGUGCAAGUCUAUAAACUAUAUUUCUGUGUGCGGGUGCAUUUUAGUACAGGAUGCGAGUGUGCAUGGGAGAUGUGUAUCUAUAGGAGAGAGGGGCCCUCCUCUCUAUCAGUAUGCACCUUUUACAGAUUGUAUCUAUUUAUUUAUUUAUUUUUCCCAGAAGAGAAAAAAAAAAUGUGAGAGUGUGCGCGUGUUUGUGUAUUCUAAAAAGCCGAUUUUAAGCCUAGACAGUAAUUUAAGGUAGCAUUAAAAAAAAAAAAAAGUGUUGUGUAGGGUGUGCGAGUGUGGGAGCGGAGCUGUGUUUGUGUGCAUUGACGGGCCUCCAUAACACAGGGUUACAGUGGACAGGCAUGCUUCCACUUUUACUUUUCAGCCAAGCUGUAGAGUGAGAGUCACUCUGUCUUUGAACACUAGCCAUCGGGUAACUUUUUUUUCCUUUACUGUCCCAUUUAGACGUUAAGGCGUAAGGUGUUUUAGUGAGGUCAUAAGGUUAGAGGCCUUUUGGCGAUUGCUGCUUUUUCUGAUGGGUGGUUGCUCUGACUGACAGACGCACCAAACUUCAUACUGCCAUAAAGAUCCUUUGUUGAAGAACAGGGGGUUUGUGUCCUAAUUUGCUCAGCUGUAACACCCAUAUAUUAUAUUAAUGAAAGGUAACCGCCAAAAAAAUAAAAAUAAAAAUAUUAGGGCUUGUGUAGCGGUACUGUAAGAUGUCUGAAUUACACACAUUUGUCUAUUAGAUUAAAAUCAUUUAGAAUUACCUCUAGAAAGAGAAUAACUCAUUUCAUUUAUUUGUAAAUCUGGCAGAAAUUUUCAUGUUUUUUGUCUCAAUUGCGGAAUAUCUGGAAAAAAAAAUUAUCAAAGUGUUAUAUUUCUGCAUUUUUUUCUGGCUCAUAUUUUUAUUUGUUUUGGGAUUAUUUAAAUUUUCCUCAUAUAAAGUGACAACCUGAUACCGUGUGUAUCCCACAUUAUUUCAUUUUCUUAAAAUCACACUUUUUUAAAACAUUGUUAAAAGCCUUAAUGUUUUAAGUCAGCCCUCCAAUAAUGAAUUUGGAAAAAAAAUUUUACUAGCAUAAAAAAUUCUGCUCAACUUAGAAGAAAUUUAUAUUUUUGUCACUUAAGACCACUUUUUUCCAUUCAAGAAAAAUCCGAUUGAUCAUAAGAUAACUUUUCCACUUCAAGAUGUAUAAUUUUUGUAUUUUUUACUCAUCUUUUUUUUGUUUGUUUGUUUAUAAGUGUAAACUGGAGCAGAUUAGUGGCAGGAAUGAGUAUGCAUUAACACACUGCCAUACACUGCAUCCCUGUGCCAGACUUCUGUCAUUAUUAUGCAAUCUAACUAUUGAUGUUUGGUUUAUGUGGCUUGUUUUGUGGUCAAAUUCAUUCGAAAGAAGAAGUCACCAAAUUUGGAUACCUUUUUAAAAGGCAUUUUUAGUAUUAUUUAAGGCAUCCAAAAGUGUUGAAAAUCAAAAUAAUGCGUUUUUGCUACUUCCUUAUACCAAUAUGUAUUAAAGACUGUAGGAUCCUGCUCAAAUUUAUUAACUUUUUACAUUUUUUUGGCUAAUUUUUCAAAAAUUAUUAUAAUAGACAUUUGAAAUGUAUUUUUUUGCUGCAUUUUACCCAUUGAUUUAGCAGCAGUUGAAUGUUAAUCUCUGGAUUAGAUUAAAAAAACAUAAAUGCACAAAACUAAGUCACUUUCAUAGUUGCCACCACAAAAAAAAGAGUUAAAAUCCCCCCCAAAAUUUUUGAUCAUCGAAUUUUUUUCCUAGGAGAGCAUUCAUUGACAUAAACAAAGAAGAUCCCCCCCACCUGGCUCAGUGUGUAAAUCGAACUCACAGACGCCCCCUGUGUCCCUGUGGUUUGUGGGUCAGCAUGAACAUGUUGUGUUGCAGUACGACUCUUAAAGUGGGUGUACUCCUUCAACCCACAAGAUAUGCAAAAACAAUGCAAUAACUAUGACUGUGUACACGGUUCCCGAAGUAAACCCACUUGUGAAGAAAAAAAAAAA